UUCUCUCAUUUGUACUCGCACAAUCAUUUACAACUUCCCAAGCUACCUGUUCCAGACCUUAAGUCUACUGUUCAACGAUAUCUCCAAAGCUUGAUACCGCUGAUGGAGCCAAGUGAAUUUCAGAAGUAUAGUGAAAUCGUCAGAAAAUUUGAAGAAGAAGAAGGUUCAACAUUGCAGUCGUUGCUGUUACAAUCUCUUGAGCACGAAGGAUACCCGUACAGCUAUGUGGAAAGGUAUUGGGACGACAUGUACCUCAACCUCAGAUGCCCCAUACCAGUUCAUGUGAACCCAGCAUACAACUUGAAACAUGAUGAAGAUUGCGGGAAACCGAAAUCUCAGGCCAGUCGGCUAUCGAAAUUCAUAUCUCUUAGUUUCAGAUGGCAAGAGAAAGUUCUUCGAGGGCAUCUUGAGCCAGAAAAGAGCCCUAGCUGCAUGAGUUUCUUCUCGAGACUACUUGGAACAGCACGAAUUCCACACAUCGGUAGGGACAUCCUCAAGACGAACGCGCAUUCUCGUCAUGUUGUUUUGAUUCGAGGAAACAAAUUCUUUCAAGUGCAGGUUCUCUCUGCCGACAGGUCUGAGAUUCUGUCCUGUGAGGCGCUUGAGCAACAAAUACAACAUGUCCUCGAUACAGUCCCGCCAGCGAAGGGAAAUGAAGUUGGUGUUGGAAUAUUUACGUGGGAGGAUCGCGAUGCAUGGGCCAACACUCGAAAACAGCUGGAAACUUGCUCGGCCAUCAAUCAGGAGUCGCUGCGAACGAUCGACUCUGCACUUUUUGUUGUUUGCCUUGAUCAUGGACCACACCAGGGUUACACAGAACGAGCUCAAGAUAUCCUUCAUGGACAAAUGAAUUCGAUUUCCAACAGAUGGUUUGACAAGCUUCAGAUUAUAUCCGAUUCAACAGGAGCCCUUGGAGUUAAUUUUGAGCACUCAUUCUCCGAUGGAGUAGUCUGGAAUCGCUGGCUCUCUGAAGUUUGGGACAACAUGCAAGGGAAUCAGGCGUUGGGGGCCCCUGCUCCUCUUCCAAGAUUUUCAGAAACCAAUUGUGUUGAUCCAAGCUGCCCAGUAGCGCUGCAAUUUGAGAUUGACAGCGCCAUGGAGAAUCGGAUGAGAGAAGCUCGCAAGAGAGCCGAGGCUCUGACUCUCAACACUCACACCCACAUGCUGCGUUUCUCGUCCUUUGGCAAAGAGAAAUUCAAAUUGUGGGGGCUGAGCCCCGAUGGAGUGGUGCAGAUGGCAAUACAGAUAGCUUAUCAUCGCCUACACGGCAGAGCAGUACCAACAUAUGAAUCAUGCUCCACCAAAGGGUAUUUUCAUGGAAGGACUGAGAUGGUACGAGCAAUGAACCAAGACAAAAGAAAUGUCUCCCCGGGAUAUCAACCCUUCACUAGAAAUCAACAGACAGAACUCUUCAAGAAUGCUGUCAAGCGGCAGAAUGACUUGUCUCGCCUGGCGGUACAAGGCCAAGGGGUUGACAGGCAUCUGAUGGCUCUCAACAAAGUGGCCCAUGGGGUUCUUCCUGUGGACAACAAGCUGCGCACAGCAAGGCGUCGAUGUCCAGUAACCAUGUCGUUUCUUAGCAACGUCUCAACAACUUGGAAUUCAAUCUUCGCAUUUGGCCCUGUUUCUGAACAUGGAUAUGGGGUCGGCUAUCUAAUCCAUGACGAUCAAGUACUAUUGAAUCUUACUUCAUGGAGAGACUCAAAGGUCAGUUGA